AUGGCAGUAUGGAUGCUCUUCAUGUUUGCAGCUACAUUGGCCACAGUUCAGAGUCACAGACUUUUCACCAUAGACGUUGAGAGGGCCUUGCCUUUAGACAUGGCUCCUGAUUCUGUUGAUGAUGCCUUCAACGGCUGCGUUGAAAAGAUGUCAGGAUUGGUGAAAAAUCGAUACCUUAAACGGGAGUUAAAUGCAAAUCAAAAUUUUAAAGAUGGAUGGAAGCUGGCAGAGAAAAGGGCCAAACCGGAUGACGGUCUUAAGAAGGAGCAUGCAGUUGCUUUAUGGGUCUACACAAGCAGCCAUCCCAAUGUUUACGCUGAUUUUAAUAAGGCUGUUGGCAAUGGCAAGGGAAGUUACAUGAACAACACAUUCCAAUACUAUUCCCUUCACUUUCUAUUGACUGAUGCCCUUCGACUACUCAAAGAAAAGCAAAAAUCUCCUAUGACGACAUAUCGACGGACCAAAGACACUUAUGACAGAAUCAAAGUAGGAAAAACAAUUCGAUUUGGCAGAUUUGCCUCCACCUCUUUGGACUACAAUGAAACAGUCAGUUUUGGUGACAAGACUUGUUUUGAAAUUGACACCCAUUUUGGAGCUGACAUAACAAAGUUCUCUGCACUUAAAAAUAGAGAAAAAGAGGUUCUGAUACCACCAUAUGAAAAAUUCAAAGUCACAUCUAUUCAUAAGAAAGAAGAUGAGCCUAAUCUGUGGUGUGAUCUUGUUUAUAAGGUAGAGAGUGACAAUACUCAAAGUAACCUAAACUGUGCUGUGGCUAACAAAGUUCACUGA